AUGAUCACCACAACAUGUAAGAUCUGUUGUCAAGAGGAACUCUUUCUAGAAAACGAAGAAGAAAUCUGUAAACGCUGCAUGGUAGCUUGCUCUCGUACCAUUCAAGAGAUGAUGGCUACAAAGAAGCAAGCAGUAGGAAGAGGUUAUUGGCCUUUGCAGACAAAAUGCAGCAGGAAAUGCACUUCUUCUUACACAACCCGUAAAAGAUGCAUAUCUCAAUGCUUAAGGUCCAUGGUUGGGAAGAGGAUGGACAAUGAGCUAAUCUGCGAGUCAUCGUGCACCAUCCUUCAAGAGCAACCGCUCACUGUAAGAUGCACCAGGGUUUGCCACCAGAGUACUCCCGGAGCUGUUGGACUUGGUUCUACUUGA